AAUAUUAAAAGAGCAUCGAAUUUCACGGAAAAAAAUUGCACCAGACAGACGAAAAUGUACAAUUAUGUAAAAAUAAAAGGAAUGCAAGGCCAAAUGCUUAGAUGGGCUGAGUGAGAUAUCUUGACCACCCAUGUCCAAAUGAGAUAUGGCCCGCUGGAACAUAAUAAAGACAAGGGAAAGGAAUAAGAAUGUCAUUUGUUCGUUUCACUUCUAGAGAGAGGAAGAGAUGUCAGGAAAGUUUUGACCGCUCUGUGGCCCUCAUCCUUUGUCCCGGAAGGGAAAGAUGGUUCCAUUUAAUGGUUUUGAGGUGUGUAACGACGUUUUCCUUCGUCGAUCAUCGGAUGGGUGUGUUUGUUCACUGAUGAGAGCAUCAUCGUUCGUCCUUUCUGGAGGUCAGUGUCAUUCAUGCUUGGAUCUGCUGUUUAUGUGAUCUGAGAUUUCAAUAGGUGGGGCGAACAGGUGCUAGUUAUUCAAUUGUUUCUUCUACACAGGGAAGUCCAGCUUUGUGAUGCAUGAGAAUGGGGAAUAUCUUCACUAGUUUAUGUUUCUUAUCCAAGUUGUGGUCCACGAAUGACGACGACGAUGAUGACGAUGAUUCAUGCUGUCAUGUUAAUUUUUCAGGAGGAAAUGUAACCCUCAUUACCACAAAAGAAAGUUGGGAACAGAAGAUUGAAGAAGCAAGGAAAGAUAACAAAAUUGUGAUUGCGAACUUUAGCGCCUCAUGGUGUCGUCCUUGUAAAAUGAUUGCACCAUUCUACUGUGAACUAUCUGAGAAACAACCUUCUUUGAGGUUCUUGGUGGUCGAUGUGGACGAACUAAGUGACUUGAGUUCAUCGUGGGAGGUCAAAGCUACCCCAACUUUCUUUUUCAUAAAGGAUGGAAAGAAAUUUGACAGCCUGCUAGGGGCAAACAAGACAGAGCUGGAGAAUAAGAUAACAACCAUUAUAGACUCAAAGACACCAUGCCAGCCAUAGUUGUUGUGUAGAUGUUUUUAUGAGCAACAUGGAAUGUUUUUAUUCUGUAAAUGCAGAGUAUACAUAGUAUUAUUUUCUUUCAUUUUUUCUGGUUGAGAAAAUGGAAGGAUAGCACUUAGCGGUUAGAACCCACCACCACCAACACGAUUUUAAAGGACAUAUGAAUGUUAUAUUUGAACAUAUUCAUUUGGGGUGGACUUGUGAUCACAUCUGUGUUGCCUUGCCAAGCUGAGUUAUGGAACUUUCACAUGCAACAUGGUAAAGGUUAGUGAAAUGUUUUCUUGUCAUAUCAAAGUUGCCUUGCUCUUUUUUCUCUGAAAAAGGCACUGAAUAUCAUCGAUCUUUCCAUUGUAUUUUUUCUUCAAAAACAUUUCACCACAUUGGUUUAAGGAAGUGAUAAACUCAUGUGAAAU